AUGCACAUCCUUCUAACGAAUGAUGACGGCCCGCCUGAUAAUCAAGCGUGCCCUUAUAUGAAGUUUUUUGUUGACGAAAUUCAUAGAGCCACCGAUUGGAAGCUUUCAAUUGUUAUACCCGAUCAGCAGAGAUCUUGGAUAGGGAAAGCUCAUUUUGCUGGAAAGAUAAUUAGCACAACUUACAUUUAUACACAAGGAAGCACCGACGAGCCUAAUGAUGCAGUGAACAAUUUUUUGGGGCCCUUUAAUCAAAGAAGAAAUGAUUUACGCAAAACCCACCAAGAAUGGCAUCUUGUUGACAGUACCCCUGCCGCAUGCGCCGACAUCGGCAUACACCAUUUGUCGUCCCAUGAUGAGCCAGUCGACAUCGUUAUAAGCGGACCUAACUUUGGUAAAAAUGCGGGUAAUCUUUACAUACUAGCAAGCGGGACAGUCGGUGCUGCUAUGGAAGCAGUUACACAUGGGGUCAAGUCCAUCGCCUUAUCCUAUGAGUUUAGAACCGCGGAAACAAAUUUUUUGCAGCUCAGAGAAGCAGCAAAAUUAUCGGUAAAAUUAGUGGAGCUCCUUUACGAAAAAUUAAAACAAGAUGACGAGAUCGAGCUCUUUAGUAUUAAUGUGCCCCUUACUCCUUCCAUCAAGUGCGGGACUACCAAGGUGAAGUACGCACCUAUUCUCAAUAACACUUGGAAGUCCAUAUACGAGCCUUUGGGUGAUGGUCAGUUUUCAUGGUCGCCGGAUUUCAAGAAGGUGUGGAAAGAAGGUUUAGAGAGCCAGGUCUACAGCGACAACAGGGUCUUGCUUGAAGACGCAGUUAGUGUUACGCCUUUGAAAGCAUGUUUUAAAGUGACGUCUCCAUUGUCAGGUGAAAUCGAAGUUGGAAAACCACCACUGUUGUCUAAGAGGAAUAUUUUUUUAAUGACUAUCGAUAGAAAUAAUUAUCUUUACGACAUUUGGAAAAAGGCAUUUCAUGAGAAAAACUUGGAGAUUUGUUUCACAAAAGAAGUCUUAAAUGGAAUAAAGUCAGACCCUAGCGUGUUGGUAUUUCAUUAUGGUGAAUAUGAGGAUCUUGAUAUUGAUUUGCUACAAACCCAUCCUACACAAUAUUUUGUGUCGUCGUAUAUUUACAGGAAAGCGCUUAUCAGAAAGCAUUAUCUCGCUAACACAGUUCACCAGUACAUUGUGAAGAACAGAGGCUCUUCACUCGCCCAUGCACUACCUGCCACAUACCUGCUAGAGGUAGAUUAUGCUGAAUUUUUAGACGAUGCUUUAGAUGAAGCCUACGAACUAAGACAAGAAAUCGAACGAGGAGACAGAAUCUGGAUAUUAAAACCCAGCAUGGCUGACAAAGGUCAAGGUAUUCGCCUAUUUAAAAGUUUGGAUGAUCUACAAAGCAUAUUCAACUCAUUUGACGAGUCCUACGAAGAGAAUACAGACAACGAGCAGGACGGAAUUAUCGUUUCUCAGCUUCGCCACUUUGUUGUUCAGGAGUAUGAAGAUAAUCCCUUGCUCUUGCAAGUAUACAACAAGCGUAAAUUCCAUCUCAGAGUUUAUGUUGUUGCCUUGGGCAAUAUCAAUGUCUACCUAUAUGAAAAUUUUUUGGCUCUAUUUGCUGCCAAAUCAUAUGCUAGAUUUUCUGAAAUGAAUGAGGUGGAUGAUUUGAGUGCACAUUUAACAAACACAUGUCUACAGGAAGGCAAACAUCCGCUUGUGCUUUCAUUUUGGGAUUUAUUAGAAUUGAAAGAAGCGGAAAAGAAACUGAUUUUUGAGUCAGUCAAGGGUAUUGUGCGAGACUUAUUUACGGCUGCUAUAAGUGUUGACAAAAUAAAUUUUCAACCAUUACCAAAUGGUAUAGAAUUCUAUGGUUUGGACUUCUUGGUCCUCAGUGAUUUGUCAGUCAAACUUUUGGAAGUUAACGCUUACCCCGACUUCAAGCAAACUGGGGACGAUUUAAAGGAAGUUAUAUCCACUUUAAUUGUGUCGACAGCUUCUGUGAUCGCCAACAAGUUUUUCAACUUAAGUUGCGAUAACAAAGAGAUCUUUUCCUUACACCGGUUAAUUUAA